AUGGACGAUAGAGUUCAAUAUUUCAGGAUUACGCCUGGCAGCAAAUUUAUCAUUAAUAAUGUGGGAGGUCGGAACCUAAAGUUUGGUCCGCAAGACCCACCGCGUGGGUACGUGACUGCGCUCGGCGAGUAUGACUGCGUAGGGCCAAUGCUGCCGCUGACAACCCUGUUUCCAAAGGUCCCGCCGAACAGGCAGUGGUGGACGCACCAGGAAGUUCCGCAUCAGAAGUGGAUUUUCAACACUCCAGAUCUGUCAGGGACACAGCAUAAAGAUGCAGGCUUUUGCUUCUCUGUGACAGACGUUGGCACGGGAAAGACUGUUACGCUGAAGCUGAGGGUAGGCAUGGCAAGCGAGAGUUCCUGGACAUGA